CAGCUUCUCAAACUUUUUUUAUCGAAAUUGUGGCACAGCGUACUUUCAUUUCUUUUGACGCUCCCAUCAAUAUGGCAGGUGUCGAAGAGCUUUAUAAGCAGUUUGGAAUCCUUGCUGAUGCAAACGAGAAAGCUGGAGAGGUGAGUUAGCUUCACUUUCAUGAAUACUUUCAAUCCAACAUGGCGCUGUUUUGUCACGUGGAUUUGCAUGUCAAAUUGUUGUUGUUUUUUAGUUUUUUCACACACUCUUGUCUUAAACAGCACGAGGGAGCCUUUCUUCAAAUUUUGGCUGCUGUAAAGGGUUCACAAGCGGAGAAGCGUCUGGCAUCACAGUUUAUAGCCAGAUUUUUCAAGUUCUUUCCCAAGCUGCAGGAGAACGCUAUAGAUGCUAUGCUGGAUUUGUGCGAGGAUGAAGACAACACAGUAAGACCCUUUAACUCAUUGACUCCCAAGAUAUGAGUAGUGAUUAUUCAUCCCAGCCAUAAUUAAUUUUCUUAUUCAUUUGCUAGGGAUGAUUUGGUGUUUAUCAGAAUAUUAUGAAAUUACUGAUAUAUUACAAGCACUCUGAUUGGUCAAAAACCUAUAGUUGAUUGCAUGGGUGAUGACAACAGGUGAUGACAACAGAAACCUUAUCAGUAAGAAAAUAUGGAAGCAAUAGACUGCAUUUCUAUCGGGUUACCAAAUUUAUACAUUAACCCACUUGGAAUGUUGGGAGGACACUUGAAGAAAACUUUUCUUGUGAUUUUUUAACCUCCCUCAUGGGUUAUUAAGUCAAAAAACCAAUAGAGAGUGCCAUCUGUUACCUAAAUAUUUUCUUGCAGAUAAGUUUUCUAUUCUCAUCACCUGUUUGUGAGAAAAUGCAUUCAGAUACAUGUAGUGUAAAGCAGACCCUCCAAUUGCAGAAUGUUAAGUUUAUAGACUUACAGGUACCAUGUAGAUUUUUUACUUAGUAAAUAAAGUAUAUUUUGUUUUAUAUAACCAGAUCAGACGCCAGGCCAUAAAAGGUCUGCCAGACCUCUGCAAAGACACUCCAGAACACCUGCCAAGAAUAGCUGAUGUACUUACCCAAUUAUUGCAGUCAGGUAAGUGUAAGACUGGGUAUGUAUUGAGUAACAUAACAAUUUUCUAACUAAAUGUAUAUAAAGGUAGUGAUAAUUUGAAUUAAAGUGGAUACGUAAAGUCUACAUAUUUUUGUCAGGUAACACCCAACAAAUAUAUGCAGUUCUUGUGCUUUUAAAUUUAUAUUGCAUUUUUAUGAGAAUCUUUUGAUACAAAAGCUUUUUUUUUAUCCUUAAUCAUUGUUUUGAAAGUUUUCUCAACCCUUAGAUCCUGAGAAGUGACCAGCAUCUGGUUUCUCCUUACAAUAUCACUCUGAAUCACACAUUAAGGUCAUGAGAUUAAAGGAAACAAUUGCCAACUAAAGAAGCUCUUGAUUGUUAAACAAAUUCUCCUUGUCAGUACCUUAAAAAAUGUAUAAAGAAAAGUAUGGAGAAUAUGCAUACUGAUGUUGGGGUGUAAAGGGUUAAAAAGCUAAAGGGGUUUGUAUAGUGUGAUCUAAACUGUGCCUUGUAAACAUUUCUUUCUCAGAGGAUCCUGCAGAAUUAACAAUUGUCAGAAAUGCUCUCACAUCACUGUUUAAAAUGGAACCAAAAGGUAAGUUUUUCAAUUAAAAUAUGUUUUCCCUCUCUCGCUCUACAGUAAGGUUUCAAUGCCAUUUGAAACUUGACAGUGGUGCUCUAAGAUGAAACAAAUAAGAAAUGUUGCUCCAUUGUAAAGUAUUAAAAAGGUGAAGCUCUAUAGUAUGUUAUAGUUUGAAAUAGAGUUAGAUUAAAAUUAUUUCAGCAUUUGUACUUUGUGUUUUCCCAUUUGUCAGAUGACUUAUAAUUAUUUUUGUACAAAGAAAAUUGCAAAUAAGUCUAGUUUGACUGACUUGAAUUCAAUUUUAAACAAUUUUGAUAACUUUUGAUCAUCUUAUUAUUAUGUAAUUUUUUUCAAACCUCUUUCAUGGUCCAGGAACAAUUGGAGGACUGUUUUCACAAAUUCUCAGUGGAGAGGAAGCAUCAAGAGAGAGUGCUAUCAAGUUUUUAAGUAGUGCUGUGGAAGAAUAUGGCAAGAAAGUGUUACAUCCCUCACCCGAAACUGAAGAAUACUUAGUUGAAGAGAUAAAAAAGGUAAGAUGGUCAGGCUUGCUUUAACUACAGGUUCUUGGUUAACAAUGUUGUAUUGGCAGUUAAGAAAUUCACAUUGAUUCACUUUUGUGAAACUUAAAUGAAAGUUAUUAAUGUUAACAACCAGUGAAAAGGUAAAUAUAGCAUCAGAAGGUGUUAGAACUUAAAGUAUAAAAACACAGCAUUGGUGGAUCAAGAGGAACCCCUCCCCUCUUCCCGUCUGUUUUUAUUACCACAUGUACUUGUCUGACACCAAAAUUAUUGCAACCACAGGAUUGGAUGUCACUCCUUAAUUUGAAGUAUUUCAUAUUUACUUGUCUCAAAACAUUUCCUAAAUUAUGACUAGAGUGUGUAUAAGAAACAAAAAACAAAAAAAUCUAUUCUGUGUUUUUUACAGUGUAGUUCAAAAGUUGGAAAACCCCCCCCCCCCACUGCCACUGAUAAUAAAGUGGUUUCAUUUUUGCAUUUGAUUGAUUCAGAGGGUUGAACAAGUUUUCUCAACAAGCCAUAGAGCAUAGUAGAACAACAGAAAUGCAAUCCUGGAUGGCUUUUGACCCUUCUUUGAAAAGUGCUAUUACACUUGUACUUAUCCCAGUAUGAAAUGCAGUGGUCAGGGAUGAUAAUCUCUCGGCUAAUUAAAUGACAGACAGCAUGCAUAUGUAUGUUGGUGCCAUUAUUGAAGAAAGUGGCAAACAACUGCAUUGUUUUCAUUGUUGUACUGGUCAUGAUGUUUUCAUCCUCCUCAUUCUGAGACCACAGCCAUUAUUUGGAUAAACAGGAAGUUCACGUUAUCAGAUUGUUACUAAUUUUGUCUGUUUCUUGUUUUGAAAUGAUUGACUGUUUCAUUGCAGGCUAUGGCAGAUGUAACUGGUGAGGAAUUUCGCACGUUUAUGACCAUUCUUUCCUCAUUAAAAGUUAUGGGCAGUGCACACCAAGAACUUGCAGAUAUAGUUGGAGAACAGGCUGAACUCAGCCAACCAUUCCAGGUAAAUCUCUACUUUAUAUCUUGAUCCAAGAUCUGGGUGUUAUACUCAAUAUAGCCAAAUUUAACUUGGUGAUACAGGUCUGAAAUAAAGUAUCACUACAACAUGUUAACUUGUAGGUUAAAAGGAUUCUGCAUCGUAAAUGCAUAUUUAAGACAUUAUUUAUUUCUUAAUGGUGAUCCUUUCAAUCCAACAACAGUUUUAAGUGUGACCAACUGCAGUGUAAUUGAAUUUGAAGGGUUUUUCACUAAAGAUGAUAUAUACAUAAAUUGUAUUCUGAUCUACUUUAACUUUCAGCCUGGAGAUGCUGAUAUUGUCGACAGAUUCAUUUCAUGCGCCAGACAAGCAAUUCCGUAUUUUGUGGUAAGUUCCUAGAAAGUAUCACAGCAGAAGAGCCUUGUCUCAGAGUGAUUACAACUGUAAGAGGUUUUGAGGUUGACUUCUUUCAGCUGUAGUGCUCCUUUUGUUUUGUAUCUGAGGGAAAGUCUAAUUGUCAGUUACAUAGCAAAGUUUACUAUCACUUUGUUAGACUUCCAGACUGAAUACAGUCUACUAUAGGCUCCAAAAAAUACCAUUAAUACUGUCCUUUUUAAAAUUGUAAUAAAGCAGUCGGCCUUAUGUUGUAUGUGUAAGGCAGUUUUAAAGCAUCUUGUCGUCAUUUUUUGUUUAUGGUUUCCAGAGAGAGAGGGAGAGAGUGUGUACCUCUUGUGUCAUCAGGGCCAUCAGAUGGUUUUGAUGCAAGGAGGAAUUCUAAGGGAAUGUUUUCUCUUUUUUUUUUAUAGAAAGGAGCUUCAGCCCAGACAUUUUUCACUUACUUUGUUGAGAGCGUUUUACCAAAGCUGAAUGAGGUAGUCACUUCUGAUGGUGAAGAUGUCAAGCUAGAGAUAUUGAAAUUGUGUGCAGAAAUGUCACCGCAUGGUUUGACAGAUGAAAAUAUCAAAGCAGCUAUAGAACCUGUCUACAACUUGCUUUUGGUAAGAUGUUUCAGAGCUAGUGGCUUUCUGUUCUUGUUUUGGCUAACCAUUCAAAUGGUAUAAAUUGCCUGUACCAGGAAGUAAAUGUAAAGACUUGACAACCCUCAUACCUUUGGAGGUGGAGAUAAAUUAUUGUAUCUCAGGGUACAGAUACAUGUGUCUCUGCGCAUUUCAUGAAGGUUUUCCUUUGCUUCACCUGUAACCACUUUAACUUCUGAGUUUAUUGACAAUUUUUGAGGUUUAGGUAGUUAAAAACAUGAGUAAAUUAUCACAAGAGAAUCAUAAAAUUAGUCAUUUACAUGUAGUUGAAGAUUGCAGCAAAGUGUUUACAGUACAGUUGUUUUGUUUUCCUUAGGUCUGUCCCUCAUUGCGAGAAAACUAUUUUAAACAUGAGACCCGAUACAUGCUUUUAUGUGUGAAAAUCAAACUGUUUAAGCUAUUGAUCCUAGAUUUUGGCUAAAACUCUCUUGGUCAGCCAGGCUCACAAUUGAGAAAUAAACUCUGUCAGGGUUGAGUGUCUUGCCAUUGGUGAAUCAUUACUCUGUCAUUGCUUUAUCCUGAGCCAAGACUGCCAGUGUCCUAUCUAUGAGCUGCAGUUGGUGGCACAAGCACAUGAGAUGCUGUAAAUGAUAAUUUUCCCCAAAGAAGACUGAUUUUAGAAGUUCCCUUUUAGUUAGGAAGCUUUUCCUCCUUCCUCCCUCCCUCCCUCCCUCCUCCAAAUAAUGUUGAACUCCCUCUGCCAUGUUAGAAAACUCAGAAUUGUAUGGGAAGGGUUAUGUGUAGGUGAACACCAUUAUAUGCAAAGACUUUUUCAAUUUCUAUAAAUAAUUUUCUCAUUCAUAGCAAAUUUAAAUGCUGGUGGUCACUUUUCAUGCGUAGAUGAUUUUAAUUUUCUUUUGACUUGGUUACCAGUGAAUGAUUGCUGAUAUUUUUAUUGUCUUCAAAAAGUAUACCUUGUACAAAAUUCAUCCACAGGAAUACAUGCCAUUACCUCCUGGUGAUGAAGAGGAAAAAAGUGCUGAAGAAAACUCUGAACCAAAGUUCCAAUUUUCCUAUGUUGAAUGCCUUAUUUCUACAUUUCACCAGCUAGCAAAAAAGGUAAACAUGUACACAAUGUAUGUGUAGCUACCACCAGAGUGAUUUUUGUUAAGAUUUCCUUGUAUUAGCCUGGAGUCUUUUUUAAGACUUAAAAGUGGAAUAUGGCCAUUGGAAAUUUGAAAUUGGUAUGCCAUAUAUCUGUUGCACCUGGUUAGUUUUAAUGUUACAGGUGAUUUUCACAUUUUAUGCCCUGGAUGGUCAAGGGCAAAAUUGUUAAAGACUUAUUACUUUGGAAUUUGGCUACUGAAGUAGUGGCCUAGUAGUGAAGAGCUGCGUAUUCAAUCGUAUUUUGAUCCCUAAGAGCUCCCGUAGUGUUAUGGGAGUUUGAGUAAGUGGAUAGCUAAUGACUAGAAAUGCUUUUCAUGGAAGAUGGUCAUUAGUUUGAGUUGGGGCAGAAGCUCGAGUUAGCUAAGUACAAUUUGGUAAGGUUCCAGUGUGGUGGAUUGGUACAAUAUAGUUUUAAGUAAUACUUCAUAUUGUAUUACUGAAAGUUACUUAUUGUUCUCUCCUUCUCUCCCUUAGAACCCAGAGUUUUUGACUGACACAACUGCUGCAGAGCGCCUGAAAGAUUUUCGACUGAGGUAAACAAUAACAAACCAUAUAUUGUUGUGCUUUAUUUUUGUCUAAUUGUUGAAUAGAACUCACUUUGUAAAACUUCGUUCUCUUAAUGGUUCAAAUUCUGGUUGAUUUUGUUAUUGUGAUUAUUGUUUUAUAACUUCAGUGACUUUUCAAUUAGGUCAAUUGUACAAAAAGUAUAACACCAAUGUGUUUAAAUAAUGCUUAGUGGUAUCUGACUAGAAUUUCAAAAUGAACUCGUGUGUUGAUUGACAGGGAAUGUGUUUGGUAAUUCUUGUCCUACAGUAUAUAUAUGACAAAUGAAUCUAUACUCGCUGUUAUUGGUUAUUGAAUAAGUGUGUUUCUCUGAACUUUGUAUUUUACAGGCUUCAAUACUUUGCUCAGGGCUGUCAAGUGUAUAUAAAACAACUAAGAUUAUCGCUGCAAGGCAAGACUGGUCCAGCGCUUCAAGAGGAGGAAAAUAAAAUAAAAAUUGUUGCUCUUAGAACGACCACUAACAUCAACGCUGUCAUCAAGGUAUUAACGAAUAUGAAUGUAUGGAUAUCAUAAGUGUGAACUGCUGAUUAAUAAUGGUAAUCGACAACAGAUUGAUAAUGGAAUUUCAAAAUCAAACAAUCAUCACAGUUUGAUUUGAAAUCACUACUUUCAGACAAAAAGUACAUGGCAAAAUUCAAUUAACAUCCAUUUUGAUCCCUAAAUACAGGACUUGGUCAUUCAAAUAUUUUCCUUAUAGUUUGAAAUUAAAUUCACCAUUUUUUUGGGGAAAAACAAUGGUUGCAAAAUUUGGAUACAGGAAUUAGGAUAUACAAGCCUUGAAAUCUGAUGAUUGGUUGUUUUGUUUUCAGAGGUUCUUGAUUGUUAAAAGCAAAAAUCUCAAUUCUUGAAUAAAUCAAUUCAGGAAAUCAGCUUAGAGAACCACCAGUGAUUUCAAAAUGGGUAAAUAAUUGAAUAUGAGCAUCAUGAAACACUAGGACAAGUAUUGGGUAUUAAUAGACCUCUAAAGGGACUUAAACCCUUAAAAUUUCGCAUUAAUGUCAUGAGAAUUGAACCCAUUCACCAGCUUAAGGUUCUUGAUUGUUAAAAAAAUUCUCCUUGUCAGCAACUCAGGAAAUGCUUAGAGAACAGUGUGGAGAAUAAUGAUAAUCAUCAUAUUCAAGGUAUUUAAGCAAUUUUUGGAAUAAUUGUUUUAGGACUUUUUUUGUUUGUUUGUUUGUUUGUUUUUUUUUUUUUUUUCAAUGUUCCUUUCCAUGUGGUAGCCCUUAGCCUCUCCUUGUAGUUGCAAUACAUUGUCAUGCAAAACGUUACACGCCAGGGUGGGGGCAGGGGGUAUUAGCUUGAAAUGACAACACUUUUUUGGGACCAGUCAACAUAAAAGCUGUGGGUCAGGGAAAGUAAUCCGGGAUUGCUUUGGUUUUUAGUUUUCUUUUGUCGUUUGUACAGUCCUGUACGCGUAAUAGACUUUCGUUCUCCUUGUCCCUACUUUUCCUCAUUCAUAUAUAGUAUCUUUAAGUGUCUUAUAAGUACAACAAGGGUCAUGAAAUGAUGUGUCAAGUUUAGGCGAGGAGUGCACUGCAACCCUUCAUCCAUUACUUUGUUUCUUUUGUUGUAGGAUCUGUUUCACAAUCCACCUUCCUUCAAAAGCUCCAUUACGUUAUCGUGGAAACCACCGGUAAGUAAAUUUUUGACACUAUUUUUUUUUUCGGUAGCUCGGGUUUAGAAUGCAUAAGCUUUUGUGACGUGUUUUGACGGUUGAUUUUUAUCUUAUAGGCGAAAACACAAGCGUCGACACUAACAUCUCCAAAAGAUUCGAAGGACACAGUAGUAGAUGAGAAGUAAGUUUGAAAACCUUUUAAAAGAGUAUUUUCCCUUAAUUUCUUCACGGCUCUUGUAACACCUGCAAAUAGACGUAGUCCGCGGCGUUGUUUGUGACCUGAUUUGGGCUGGGAGGUACCUCUUUGUUUUGGCUUCAGGGUCAGGCCUACCGUCUAAUGUCAGAAUUCAGUAACAGAGGUUUGAAUAACUUUAUCCAUAAGCUGCUGCCGAUGGUAAUAUGGGUUACCCCAACCAUUUCGUCAUGUAUUGUAGCAGUUAGGCUUGCUGUGGCCCAUUUCUUCGCUUUGUGAAUUGUGGGAGAAAUGUGUCUUGUCCACUGUGACCUGGCCGGGGCGAGGCUCGAUCCUGGACCUUUGGGUACAGAGUCCAGUACGGAGAUCAUCCCAUUUAUCACUGUGCCACGGCGCCUUUCACUUCACGGGAAAGAAACAAAACGGAUUGCCACAUUCCAUAUCCUUAAAUGAGAACAUUGAAAUCAUUCAAUAUCGUAAUAUUUUUAUAGACAAUGAUAGCGAACUAGAAAUCGCCAAAGCUUCGAUGGGGUGGUACUAAGUCCCACUACUGGAGGCUGUCUAUAAUGACGCGCUAAAACUUGUGUCUUUUUUUUUUUCUCAGGCGAAAACGCGCUGGUAUUACGCCAAUCAAGUUCGACCUUCCACCCGAGACGAAGUCACCUAAAAAGUCCAAGCCGAGUACAAUCUCUGUGUACACUCCCCCCGGUCGCCGAGCAGGAGCGUCCAAUGGCGUCGUCAAGGGUCAGACCAUGCCUGACGGUGGUAGGGGUCGGGGGUUUCGACAAAGAGGCCGCAACCGGGGGCGAGGGAGGGGCUGGAGAGGAGGCAGAUCUUAGAUCAUUUAUUCUAGAACGUCCCACACAUGUGAAGUACAGACACCAUUUUACUGAAAUCAUCUUAAGAUAUUUUUACAGUUGUCUUCGCCAGAAAUUGCAACUGACAGAGGACUUGGUCCUGAAAGUUUAUUUAUGGAGUUGACUAUAAUAAUUGUAAUAGUUCUUCCUUUGUUUUAAAAGCUUUUUAAUUGACCUUGUGACUUUCAAGGCAUGGUUUUACCCCUCUAGGAAACAUUCAUCUCCGUCUUGUUCGAUCAGGGUAUUUUUUUUUUCAGCCAGAUAACUUCGUGUUCCCCCUAACUCUUAUUGCCUGGAAGGGAACUUUUUCCCCUGAGUGGGUGUUUGGGGGAGGGUGGGGAGGGUUGUUUUUGUAACGGAGCAUACUUGCGACGAUGGAAAACUCACUCUGAAGUAAAGAUUGUGUCUUGUCGAGCGUUAUUUUUUGAUAGAGAGAUACUUGAGUUCCUGUAUAACAGAUAUUUCUUUUAAAUGCAUUGUUUUUCCGAGUGUGAAACUGAGGACACACGAGCUUUACAGAUGCUUGUCAGGUGCCUGAUCACUCCCAACAAAACAAGCCUUUGGGGCUCCGAUUCAGCCUUAGGGUCUUAUUCAUUAUUUGAUCUGUAAACUCUUCUUACCCGUGUGAUUCAAAGAUUCGCAGCUUACCCUGAACGUUUUCUGUGAAACUGUAAUUAAAAGCCGUUGUUCCUUUUC